UUUGUGCUCAUGACAUAAUUUGUAAAAAACUGACCCGUUAUUAGCUGAUCGUUUAUCUAUGCAUAAGCUACUUUUCCAUUAUUCUGUUGUGGUGACAGACGGACCAAGCAUGGCUGCUCUGUUACUCAACCGUGGGAUCUUCUUUGUCAUGGCAGGAACCAGACAGUCUGUUCAAUCAAGCCUGGCUCCUUUCUGUGGUUGGCAGCGUUCAGCCAUUCGGUCAUGUGCUCUGUGUGGUGCGCAACGCAUGCACACAUCUGAGCGUGUUUUGAAACAAAAGAAAACCAAGGAGCACAAAAAGAUUGAAUUUAAGCCCAAGGCUAAGGCGGAUCCAGUGGUCAAGAUAUGGCGAAACAUGACAGUUGCUGAACUUGCCGCUGCUCUGCAGAAAACCGAAGACCACGUGUUCGAGGCCAUGCUGUUCGUGGACGGCACGGACGACUACGACGCGUCGCACGCCCCGAUCGGCGACGUCCGCGUGCUGCAGGACGUCGUGCGGCGGUCGGGCCGGCGCGCCACGGUGGUGGCCCCGCCUGAGCCGGCGGCGCCGCCCGUCAGCAAGGACGUCACGCGCAGGCCGCCGCCGGCGGACCCGGCCAGCCUGCCGCGCCGGCCGCCCGUCAUCACCAUCAUGGGCCAUGUGGACCACGGCAAGACGACGCUGCUGGACGCGCUGCGGCACUCGCACGUGGUGGACUCGGAGUUCGGCGGCAUCACCCAGCACAUCGGGGCGUUUCGAGUGGAGAUGGCCGGUGAGACCAUGACCUUCCUGGACACGCCCGGGCACGCGGCCUUCUCGGCGAUGCGGCAGCGCGGCGCGCUGGCCACCGACCUGGUGGUGCUGGUGGUGGCCGCCGAUGACGGCGUGAUGCAGCAGACCCGUGAGAGCGUCCAGCACGCCGCAGACGCCGGCGUCCCGCUCCUGGUAGCUAUCAACAAGUGCGACAAGCCCGACGCCGACGUGGAGGCCACCAAGCGGUCGCUGCUGGCGGCCGGCGUACAGCUGGAGGAGCUGGGCGGGGACGUGCAGGCGGUGCAGAUCUCGGCCCUGCACGGCCAUGGCCUCACCGAGCUCAAGGAGACCAUCCUGGCGCUGGCCGAGGUGCUCGAGCUCAGGGGCGACCAAAGCGGCCUGGUGGAGGGAGUCGUCAUUGAGAGCAGAACUGAUCACAAGCGAGGCCGGCUGAGCACGGUGCUGGUGCAGCGCGGCACGCUACGGCGCGGCGCCGUGCUGGUGUCGGGUGGCUGCUGGGCCCGCGUGCGCGCCAUGUUCGACGACGCCGGCCUGCCGGUGCAGCGCGCGCUGCCCAGCAGCCCGGUCGAGGUGCUGGGCUGGCGCGAGCUGCCCUCGGCCGGACAGACCGUGCUCGAGGUCCACUCGGAGCGCCAGGCCAGGGAGGUGGUGGGGUGGCGCCAGAGCCAGGAGUCCCACCGCAAGGCACAGGACAAUCAGCUGGCCGCCCAGCAGAAGCUGGAGGCGCAUCUGGCAGAGUACCGCGCGGCACGCCAGGAGCGGCUCCAGAAGGGUCUGAGGUUCAACGUGAGGUCGAAGGGUCCUCGGAAAAAAGAGGCAACCGAUCAGCACUCGGGCCCUACCCUCUCCAUCGUGGUGAAAGGGGACGUGGACGGCUCGGUGGAGGCGAUCCUGGACGUGCUGGACACUUACCACGAGCCGGAGGUGCGGCUGGACGUGCUGCACUACGGCGUCGGCGCCGUCACUGAGAGCGACAUCAGCAUCGCGCAGAUGUUCAACGGUGUCGUGUACGGCUUCAACGUGGAGGUGUCGGCCGAGGUGGCCGCGCUCGCGCGCGCCUCCAACACGCCCGUCCGCCUGCUGAACGUCAUCUACCGACUGGUGGACGACGUACGAGAGGAGAUCAACCAGCGCAUGCCGGUCACGGAUGUGGAGGAGGUGAUCGGUGAGGCGAACGUUUUGCAGGAAUUCAUUGUCACUGAGAAGAAGCACAAGAUCCCUGUGGCGGGCUGCAGAUGCGUGAAAGGCCUGCUCAAGAAAUCCGAGAAAUACCGACUAGUGCGCGAAGGAGAGACAAUACAUGAAGGCGCCAUGGCCUCGAUGCGACACCUGAAGAAUGAGGUCGACACCAUCAAGAAGGACGUGGAGUGCGGCCUGAUGCUGGCCGACACGGAGGUGCGCUUCGAGCCGGGUGAUACGCUCAUCUGCUACCGAACCGUGCAGCGAGAGCAGACCACCAACUGGGACGCGGGCUUCUAGGCAUCGCGCCGCUGCCCGGGCUGCCAGCGGGGCGGGUCAUGUGAUGUGUGACUUGUGGAUCGAGUCGCUUGAUGUCCCGCAGAGAUGAAAUGAUGAUGAUUGUAGAUGCUCCGUUCGCUUGAUACUUGACGUUCGGCGGAGAAAUAUACGCCUGACGAUGA